GAAUGUCCACUAGUGAAGAGGAAAAUAAGCGUUUUGCAUUGUCUGGAUUCUGUGAGGCACGUUCGAGUACGGCUGAAUUUGAAUGUUCGCUUGAAGACAUACCCGACAAAAAGGCCGCAGAAGCGAAGGGUCCAGUUUGGAAAAUGAUAUUAAAAAGUAUAAACAAUGACGAGGAGAGACCAGACAAGGAUGAGGAUGUUCCAAAAGAAAGUGAAAAUGAAGAAGAGGAGUUACCAGACAAGGAUGAGGAUGUUCCAAAAGAAAGUGAAAACGAAGAAGAGGAGUUACCAGACAAGGAUGGGGAUGUUCCAAAAGAAAGUGAAAACGAAGAAGAGGAGUUACCAGACAAGGAUGAGGAUGUUCCAAAAGAAUGUGAAAAUGAAGAAGAGGAGUUACCAGACAAGGAUGGGGAUGUUCCAAAAGAAAGUGAAAACGAAGAAGAGGAGAGACCAGACAAGGAUGAGGAUGUUCCAAAAGAAAGUGAAAAUGAAGAAGAGGAGUUACCAGACAAGGAUGGGGAUGUUCCAAAAGAAAGUGAAAACGAAGAAGAGGAGUUACCAGACAAGGAUGGGGAUGUUCCAAAAGAAAGUGAAAACGAAGAAGAGGAGUUACCAGAAAAUAUUGAGGAUAUGACAAGAGAGGAAAGAAUGGCAGAAAGUAUAAACAAUGAUGAGAAGAGACCAGACAAGGAUGAGGAUGUGCCAACAGAAAGUGAAAACGAAGAAGAGGAGUUACCAGAAAAUAUUGAGGAUAUGACAAGAGAGCAAAGAAUGGAAUUUGCAAUCAAAAUGAUAAACAAAUAUAGGAACGCACAGAAUCCACCAAAGAAUGACAUCGACCAGACCAUUAAGGAUCCAGUCCAGAAUUCUGGUCAAAAUGGAUCAGCGAAUGACAAAGAAACAAAAAAUGACGAAAAAAGGAAGAGAAGAGAAAUUAUAAAAGAAGAAAAAUUACAGUUGAAAAAGUCUAAGGAAGAGAAAAAGUACGUAAACGCACAAUGUAAAGCUAUUGAAAAGAAUAUGAAGAAAUACGACAAGUAUGUCAAUUUAUUUAGGAAGAAGGAAGAAAAGAGAAGAAAAAAGAUGGCAAAGAUGGGAGAAAAAGCACAAAAGAUGUUGGAAAAGGAAAUGAAGAAGAUCGAGAAACAAAGAGUAAAGGACGAAAAGAAAGAACAAGUCAAAGCUAUUGAUAAUGUACAGGAAAAACAAUAUGAUAUAAAAACAGUGAAACCAAAUGAAGAGACAGGGAAUGGUGAAGACGAAAUGGAGAAAAAAGAUAAAACUAUCGAUGUUAAUGGGCAAACACAAAAUGAUGUCACGAAAAACGAAACUGAGAAAAAGACAGAGAGAAUCGAAGAACAGAUAAUCAGCUGUAAUAAUAUUGAAAAGAAUGAAAAAGAUGCAAAAGACGUUGAAAUGAAUACCAAAAAUACCGAAAAGAAAACCUCAUUUACUGCCAGAAUCAGUGGAUUCUUUCGAUCUUUAUCGUGUAUCAAAGGGCAGAAAAAAAGCAAAGAUGUGUGUUGAUGAUUUUUUGUUAUUUAUUCUAAUUUUUUACAUUCCAUGUUCUUAAUAAAAAGUCUUGAAGGAUCUGUUUUAUCAAUAGACAUUAAUUAAGCUUUA